AUGCUACUCGAUUUACCAAAUGAGUUGCUACUAGCGGUUGCACAACAUAUUCAACGUGCUUCUGAUAUUAAUUCGCUGAGUCAAGCUACCAAACAGCUGCAUGCAGUAUUAUCGCCAUUUCUGUAUCGCGAUAAUAUCCGGAGACAUGGUGCCUCGGCACUUAUCUGGGCUGCUUCCUAUGGCUACGAUCGGACCGUCGAGCUGAUGAUUAGCUAUGGAGCUGAUGUUAACACUCGCGAUAAAUAUGGCGUGACAGCAAUUAUUGAGGCUAUACGGCAUGGGCAUACUAAUGUGGUCCAAUUACUUCUCAAAAACCGUGCUGACCUCUAUGCUGAGGGUCAGUUCUAUGGACCUGCACUUCAUGAAGCCGCGCGUGAAGGCUACGAAGACUUGGUGCAACUGCUGUUAGAUAACAAGGCUAAUGUGAACCACCACGGUGGAGAACAUGGAAGUGCACUCCAGGCAGCAGUGUAUGCGGGGUGGACUGAUAUAGUCCAGCUCUUGCUGGAUAACGGCGCCAAUGUUGGUGCACCAGGAUACUACGAUAGUGCUCUUGUGUUAGCAGCUGUUGUGGGCUACGAGGAUAUUGUGCGAGUACUACUCGCAAAUGGGGUUGAUAUCAACGCUCAAGAUGAAACAUAUGGGACUGCACUUCAGGCAGCCGCAUGUGAAGGGCAAGGCAAGAUUGUGCAGGUCUUACUGGAUAGGAAUGCGGAUAUUAACGCGUGUGGUGGUUAUUAUGGCACAGCUCUACAGGCAGCAUGCGCUGAAGGGCAUAUGGACAUCGCAAAAAUACUGCUAGAAAAGGGUGCGAAUGUGUUUCUUGAAGGUGGGGAAUAUGGCACAGUCCUUGCAGCUGCAAUAAACAAUGGAAAUGAGGAGAUAGUGCAGCUGGUUCGGGGCCACAUGUCUUGA